GAUAUCGAGAUGGAGAUGAAAAUUCCCAUCCUUAUCAUUAUUGCGUUGAAUGAUUGAUAAUAGGCGCUGUGGGGUUGAUGGCUGUGAACCCGGAAAUGGCCGACACUUCAGAGUACCCCGUUGUGCAGACGUGCUACGGGCCAAUCCGCGGCAUCAAGAAGGUGGCCUGCACUGGUGUGAACUACUUCAAUUUCCAGCGGAUACCGUACUGUAAACCACCGGUCAACGAACGAAGGUUUAAGGAGUUGGAGCUGCCGGAACCAUGGACGGAACCGUUGGACUGUUCGCAGCAGGGCCCGGGAGGCUACCAGUUUAGCAAACUGUUGAACAAGAUCAUCGGCAGCGAAGAUCAUCUGUAUAUUAACGUGUACACGAAACAGCUAAAACCGGUCAAGCCACUUCCGGUGAUGCUAUGGAUUCACGGUGGAGCAUUCAUGCGUGGCUCGGGCGGCACCGAAAUGUACAGUCCGGACUAUCUUCUCCAGAAAGAUAUUGUCCUAGUAACAUUCAAUUAUCGUAUCGGAGCGUUCGGAUUCUUGUCGUUUGAUUCUCCGGAUCUGGCUAUCCCAGGGAACGGUGGCCUGAAGGACCAAAAUCUGGCCAUUCGCUGGGUACGUGAUAAUAUUGCCAAUUUCGGUGGAGACCCCAAAAACGUUACGCUGUUCGGGGAGAGUGCCGGUGGAUGUUCGGUGCACUACCACAUGGUUUCCGGACAAUCGGAAGGACUUUUCCAGCGGGCCAUAGUGAUGUCUGGGUGCACGCUCAACAACUGGUCGACAGCACCGCGGAGAAACAUGGGUGAACGGUUGGCUAAAGCCCUCGGAUGGAAUGGCCAAGGUGGGGAGGCGGGUGCACUGAAGGUGCUGAUGAGUGCGUCAGCGGAGGACAUCACCGUCAAACAGGAACAAAUACUGACGCAGAAUGAACUGGAGAAUCGGAUUUUGUUUGCCUUUGGCCCGGUGGUCGAACCGUACAUCAACGGCAAAACCUUCAUUCCCAAGAGUCCGCUCGAGAUGUGCCGUGAAGCAUGGAGCAGCGGCAUCGACAUCCUGAUCGGUGGAAACUCCGAAGAGGGCCUGUUCUGCAUGAGCGAGAUCAAAGAAAGACCAGUCAUUUUCGACAAUCUUAAGGACUUCGAGUACCUGGUGCCGCUGGAGCUGGGAUUGGUGCGCGGAUCGCAAGCGUGCAAGGACUUUGGUUUGAAAAUGAAGCGCUUCUACUAUGGUGACACAAAAGCAUCGUUCGAGAAUCGAAAUGGAUACCUUACGCUGAUGACGGAUAAACUGUUCUGGCACGGACUGCACCGCACGAUCUACUCGCGCAUCGAAUCGAAAAAGCCUUCGAAAACGUUUGUUUACCGUUUUGCAGUCGAUUCCGAUACGUACAACCAUUACAGGAUUUACUUUUGCGAUCGUAACGUUCGUGGUACGGCCCAUGCCGACGAUCUGUCGUACAUUUUCAAAAAUGCUUUCAGCGACAUUCCGGCGCAGGAUUCGUUUGAGUACCGGACGAUGCUGCGGAUGGUUGAGUUGCUGUCCAAUUUUGCAGUUACUGGAAAUCCGAACGGUGGACUUGCCGGUGACAUUUGGGCACCUAUUGAACCAGUAAUUGGGCCGUACAAAUGUCUCAACAUUACCAACGAAGGUUUGAGCUACGUUGACUUCCCUGAAAUGGAACGGAUGAAGCUGUGGGACUCGAUGUACAAACGAGAGCAGCUUUACUAGGAGUAAAGAAGUAUUUC